AUGGAAGAGAACACGCGGCAAUGGACGUUCAUGGGAUUUGAGUGGAUGGUCAAGGAUGUGCAGAAGCUGCGCGAUGCAAUUGAGGGUGUCGGGGAGGGCGAGAGCAGCGAAGAACACGAGGACUUCGACGUCCUGAAGCAAUCGCCCGUCCUCGACAAUCGCUUUAAGCUCGAAAUUGCACGCACACCCAUAGCUGAAGGCGACGAGAAUCAGAAGCCUUCCCUUUCCCUCUACAUCACCCUCCUCACGUUUGACUUCGCGCACCCUGAGUACGAGAUGUGCGCCACGAUGAUGACUGCUAUCAAGAGCCUAGACGACCGCGUCGGUGGCCCUCGUCCAAACUGGGUCUGGGAGCAUUGGCAUCCCGACUGGGUCUUCCGACGUGAAAGUGAAGUGUGGGAAUGCCCUCUGCCACCAUUGUCAGCUCUGCUGCAGAAUCCUGCUGUGAAGGAGAAGGAUGCUUUAGUGAUCAGCCUUGAGAUCCACUGCCCUGUCAGCGUAUUCCCGCAACAUCCCUCUGGCUACUAUGUUCCUCGAGACCUGCUUGAAGGCAUCGAGGCAUCUUUGGAUAACCCAAACACUGGAGACGUUCGCUUCGUCUGUCUGGAGCGAUACAACGAAGCUCAACAUUCGCCAAAUCCCAAUGAGGGCGAUAGACGCGAAUCCGCUGGCUCUUCGUCGCACUCCAGCCUCCCUUUGACAGCGCGCAAGCGUGUCAUCUACGCGCACUCCGACAUCCUGACGCGCCGCUCUGAGUACUUCGCCACCAUGCUAAACUCUUCCUUCGCCGAGAACCCUACUUUGGCACCGGGAGAACGCAAGACAUACACCAUCGUGGUCGAAGAAGCGGACUUCGAGACGAUCUACUGGCUCCUCAAGUACUGCUACGCGAACUGGCUGAUGCUCAAGGAGCAGGAUGACCCGCGCGCGGCGGUCAACAACAUCGGCACUGGCUGGAGCGCGCGAUGGCUGACAACGCGGGGCGGGGAGUGGGACUGGAAGACCUACAGCAGCGGUACGGACGAGAGUGUCGCCGAGGGAAGCGUGGCUAGUGCGGAGACGCAUCCCACGGAAGACAGCGGACCAACGAAGGCAAGGAUGGCGACGACUAUCCCGCCUUCUGUUUCAACCAUGCGCACAACGUCGACUGCGCGACCACCUCCUUCAUCUGCGGCCAAGCCGCCAACGACACCAGGUCGUCCCUCACAGCCGACCACUGCCCGCCGCGCCGCCUCACAGGGCACCUCCCCCAUCCCCAUCGACCGCGGCAAGACCGUACCCCCCAUGCCCCUCACCAUGCCCUCCUCCAACUACCCCGCCGGCGCCCACUACCCCGUCUCCCCCCACAACACCCGCGCCGCCCUCGUCGCCUCCCCCGACCCGCACCCACACCCGACGCCCGCGCCGCAGCCCGCGAGCGCGCUCUCGAUGUACCAGGUCGCGCACCGCUACGCGAUGCCCGCGCUCGCCGCGCUGGCGCAGGAGCACAUGAUGAACACGCUGACGCCGCGGGGGAGCUUCGCGCUGUUGCUGGCUACGGCGGUGUGGGAGGAGCUGCAUGCGCUGGUGCAGGAUUAUGUGGUGGAGAAGUGGGACGAGGUGAGCGCGAGUGAGGAGUUUGAGGAGUGCUGUCGGGAGGUGGCGGCGGGAGAGUGGGGCGACGAUGGUGGCAAGACGAUGAUGGCGCUGUUCCGGAGGCUGCGCGCGCCGACACACUGA